CUCUGGGCUGCGUUAACGUCAUUCUUCUUCCGGCGCCUCGCGCAGUUCCGCCAUGGCCUCCGCGGAAGGGAGUCGGACGCUGCCCGGUUCCGGGCGAACGGCGGGGAGUCGCGCCGGGCCGGGGGACAAGUACUCGGUGCUUCUGCCGACGUACAACGAGCGCGAGAACUUGCCGCUCAUCGUGUGGCUGCUGGUGAAGAGCUUCUCCGAGAGCGAAAUCAACUAUGAAGUUAUAAUCAUAGAUGAUGGGAGCCCGGAUGGAACGAGGGAAGUUGCUGAACAGCUGGAGAAAAUCUACGGGUCAGACAAGAUUCUUCUGAGGCCUCGAGAGAAGAAGCUGGGACUAGGAACUGCGUACAUUCACGGAAUGAAGCAUGCUACAGGAAACUAUAUCAUUAUAAUGGAUGCUGAUCUUUCACACCAUCCAAAAUUUAUUCCUGAAUUUAUUAGGAAGCAAAAAGAAGGAAAUUUUGAUAUUGUCUCUGGAACUCGCUAUAAAGGAAAUGGAGGUGUAUAUGGGUGGGAUUUGAAAAGAAAAUUAAUAAGCCGUGGGGCCAAUUUUAUCACUCAGGUUUUACUGAGACCAGGAGCGUCUGAUUUAACAGGAAGCUUCAGAUUAUAUCGAAAAGAGGUUCUGCAGAAAUUAAUGGAAAAAUGCGUUUCUAAAGGCUAUGUCUUCCAGAUGGAGAUGAUUGUCCGAGCGAGACAGCUGAAGUACACCCUUGGUGAGGUUCCAAUAUCAUUUGUGGAUCGUGUUUAUGGUGAAUCCAAGUUGGGAGGAAAUGAGAUAGUCUCUUUCUUGAAAGGAUUAUUGACUCUUUUUGCAACUACAUGAAAGUUACUCUUUUAUGCUUAUCAUGUCCACUUCAAUUUAAACAUGAAAGAAUCCUGGUCACUGAUGUUUAUAAAAUGUACUCUUAGAGCAUAAACGAUAAGGUAAGGUAAAAUCCAUGCAGAUCUGUUCUGGAGAAAGUCCAUUUUAUAUUUCAAAUUAAAUAAUUUCAAAGUUACUGGUUGAAUGAGCAGUGGUCUCAACUUUGCUUUGUGUUUCGCUAUAUUAAGAUCUAUGAAUAAAUACAUAUGGAUUUUUUU